CGGGCCGAGGAAAGAAGAUGAAAUUGAAGCUUACCCAUCUCCAGAAAGGGCCGAAUUAGGCUUCUCAUUGUCCCUGCCGUGAAGCUAAAAUCAAAGCAGAUGCUAAAAAAGACAGUUAGGUGAAAGCCGAGUUGAGAUUUGAUUUUGUGGACUCCCAUCCAUCCUUACAAGUUACGACCUUCGCUCUCUUUUUCUUUCUCCAACCAGAGAAAGAGAACGCAGAAUCCAAGCAGCUGGUGAGGUGACGCAUUAACUCUCUCUUUCUGUGCAGCCACGUUUGCCUCUUCCUUUGUUAUCGUGCGACGUCGUUUAGCUCCGAAAAGAAUGCCACAACGAAGACGACUAUUUUGAUAUUAUUGUACGGAUUCCAUACCUGGUCUUUCUUUGUCUUCCACCUCCGAUGCGAUCGCCAAAACCCUGACAAUUUCUCCAGCUCUGCAGAGUCGCUUAUUUUCUAUUAGAUUGUUGAAUUUGGUUUCUGACGCGAGAAUUGGAGACGGAUUUUGAGAGAUCAUUGUUAAUUCAGAUAUAGGGAAGGCUGAGAGUGAUCUUAUGAUCACUCUCAAUUUUUAGAGAGAGAAUUUUUGAGGGAGAAUAGAAGAUGAUGCAGAGACGGAGUCCACCCAAGCACAGACAUGAUGGGACUUCUCCGCUGCCUUUGGGGAUGGAUUGGAGUCCUCCCCCUCGAAAAUGGAAUGGGCGGGAUACCAUUUGGCCGCAUGAUCCUAGAUCGGGAUGGAGUUAUUGUGUCACUAUACCUUCCUGGGCUGUUCUUCCAAAAUCAAGAGAUUCAGAUCCUGUAGUGUUUUACAGGGUUCAGGUUGGUGUGCAAUCACCAGAAGGGAUUACAACAACACGCGGAGUGUUGAGAAGAUUUAAUGAUUUUCUGAAGUUAUUUACUGACCUUAAAAAAUCAUUUCCCAAGAAAAAUCUUCCACCAGCUCCACCCAAGGGACUACUACGAAUGAAAAGCAGGGCUCUUUUGGAAGAGAGAAGGUGCUCUUUGGAGGAGUGGAUGACAAAGCUGCUAUCUGACUUUGAUUUAUCAAGAAGUGUGGCAGUUGCAUCUUUUCUUGAACUAGAAGCUGCUGUGAGGUCUUCAUUCCAGGAUGUAAACAAGCAGUCAUCAGAGACUAGUCCUGCUGUUGAUAGCACACCUUCACUUCAAAUAGCUCCACAUUCCACUUCUUCUGUGAUUGUUGGUAGUUCGUCAGUUGCAUCAGAUUAUGGUAGUGAUACUGCUUAUGAGACAUCGGAGCUUGGAACACCAAGGUUAGUAAGGGAUGAACAUUUUGAAAUUGGAACUGAGGGUCUAACAUUGGAUGAAGAUUUGACAAAUCCAAUAGAAAAGCUUGUGAACUAUGGCAUGUCCAACAUUGAUGAGGGGCUGUUUAUGGGACAGACUAUUCUGGAGCAGCUUGAAGGUAUUCCAAGGCACAAACUGCAUGACAGACAUGUGAAUAAUGUCAUAGGGAAGGAUACAUAUAAUGGAAAUGCUUCUAAAUCCUCAUUUCUUGCUGGCAAUGGGAUGGAACUUUUCUCUGAGCCAGAGCCUGGCAAGGCUUUUGGUCAUGCUCGAAAGUUAUCUAGCGAGAGCAUUGGAAGUGAUGGAAGUUCUCUAAGAGGCAGUGAAAUAUCGAACUCUGGCCUACCAAAUUCAUCUGUUGAUGGAUCUCUUGACCUUCCUGGGGGUUCUGAGGUUCUUAGUAUGGCAGGUAUUCUUGGCAGCGCAGAGUUGCAAUUUACAGGUGAUGCACAAAUAGUCCUUCCAUUGGAUCAGCGUCAUAAAAUGAACAGGGUUCUAACAACCAUGCAGCGGAGAUUAGUCACAACAAAAACAGACAUGGAGGACCUUAUAGCAAGAUUAAAUCAAGAAAUAGCUGUAAAAGAUUACCUUACUACAAGGGUCAAGGAUUUGGAGGCAGAACUUGAAACUACCAAACAGAAAAAUAAAGAAAACCUGCAGCAGGCUAUUUUAAUUGAGAGAGAAAGGCUUACACAAAUGCAGUGGGAUAGGGAGGAACUGAGGAGGAAAUCAUUAGAAAUGGAAUUGAAAUUGAAGUCUAAAGAGGAUGAAAAUUCAAGUGCAGAGUCAAAAAUGGGAUCCACUGAUCAGGAGAAAGACACAGCAUUACAAGAGUUGGAUGCUACUAGAAAGCAGCUUGAGAAUUUGUCAAAACAGUAUGAGGAGCUAGAAGCAAAAUCAAAAGCAGAUAUUAAAUUUCUGGCUAAAGAAUUCAAAUCCCUCAAAAGUUCACAGGCAGAACUGAAGGAGAAACUCAGUCAAUCACUGAAAGAGAAGUCUGAAGUUGAGAAACUUCUUCAGGAGGAAAGAGAAAUGAUUAUGCAGGAGAAAGAUGCUCGAAAAAAGCUGGUACGUUACUGCUGGACUCUCUGCAACCAGCUUAAAGAGUGCAACCUUUAUUUGUCUAGCAAGGAGGAUGAUAAAUUUAUUGUGGAAUCCUCAGUUGCAGUUGCUUUAGAUUUGUUGUCUACAUCUGAUGAUCAAAUUGGCCGUCUGGUAGCAGAGGGGCAAGCAUUAUUUGAAGAUGGUAAAAUCGCCACUUCUGAGGAUGAUGAUGUGGGGGCAACAGAUCCUGAGUUAAGAAAGAUGCUAGCAAAUAUAUUCACUGAUAAUGCUAGACUAAGGAAACAGGUGAAUUGUGUGACGCGUAAUGCCCUUCACUCAGGCAACACAUCUAGAAAUCGUAAUGAGGCUACUUCAACAAACAUGGAUCAUAUAGACAAUUCAAUAUUGUAACUUAUUUUUUUUGGCCAAAUUUUUUACGGUAAGAUCGUUACUGGUUGAUCUCGUGUAAUUUUGUGGUUCUACAUACAAGUCUUAACCAAGAAAUUGCCUUUUUUUUUUUCGUGUUGUGUUGUCAUGGUUGACUAGAAUAGAGAAAGAAAAUCCAAGAAGCAUAUGAAAAUAAGCAUUUUGUAAUAGUUUAUGCCAAAUUUUGGAGUUCUUAUUCCUUUGUUA